AUGAGAUACUGUGAUGUAUUGGCUGAUGCUGCUGAUGUGACCCUGAACAUGGGUGGAAUUAGGUUGAGCUCGGUGCCCGUGACAUUCAGUGGCGGACUCAAGGAUGAUGAGACCGGAUGGCACGCCUUCAUCAUGAUUCAGCAGGCUGCAAUCCUGGAGAUGGUUCAGGUUGGAGGAGUGACACUCAACAAGUGGCCUCCCAUUCCCCUGGCCUGCCAGGAGACCUCCACCGAGCAGGAGACCACCUUCAUUGACCAUGUGGAGGUGACCGAGGAGUACGAUGCAGAUGAUGAUGCAGAUUCACAGGUCACCUGGGAGCUAAUCCAAAUGCGAAAGGCCUACCAAAAGCGGCAGCGGCGUGUUGCUCUGAGUCGAGUGUUUAGGUCAGAGCUGAAAAUGCCCAAGAAAGUCAUUGGGCUCCGUGCGGCUGUGGCCUUGGCCAUAAACAGUGACUCCAAUCCUGCAAGCAGCAAACCAGUACAGAAGACUGCUCGAACUGAUAGGCAGAAGGGAAAGCCUGUGAUCAAAACGGUGAAGAAACAGAAAGAGCUAGGGACCAAGAGGCGUCGCUACCCGAAGACGUCAAUACCAGCUGCGCCGGAGGGCGCGCCCUGCAGCCAUCAGCCUAGCUGCUGCCGCCAAGAGGUUUUUGAAGAAGAAUGCUACUAUGCCAACUGCUAUCAAGAGAAGAUCUUGAAGGACUACGAGGCGGAAGCGAGAUCCAGAAAGGUCCCUGACCUUAAUCAGUAUCCUGCAAACGGCCGUGGCCGUGGCGAGACCAUCGACGGGGCACUCCCCACAUUGACAACGAACAGUGGAAAGCUGUUUUCCAAGGCUAGGUGGUUGGAAAUGAAUGACAUGGCUCAAGAUUCUUGGAAUUCGCAAUCCAAUGUUCACUCCCCAUGUUCACUUCCCCCUUUGCUAGGAGCUCGGCCGCUUCAUGCACCCAGUGGAGUUGCUCACGAGCCACAUUUUGCCCUGCACCGACGAGCAGGCCAAAAAGAGCAGGUCACCAAAGUUGAUUCUGAGCAGUGCUUCGCAUACAGCCACCACAUCAAUGGCCGGUAA